UUAAAUUUCCUCCUGACUUGACUGAUAUGAAGGAGAUUGACGAGUUGCGGUGUCCGCGCCGAUAAACUAGAUGAAAGAAGUAUGUCUGCGGCUACAGUAAGAGCUGCGAAGCAAGCUUUGCGGAAGGAAAUAAAAAGCCGUAUCAAAGCCCUCACAGCUGAAGUGAGGGAUGCGGAGUCUACUGUUGUUCAGCGAAAGCUGCUGGCCACUCCACAGUAUCAUCAGUCAAAGCGCAUCUGUGUAUAUCUUGAUAUGGAUGGGGAAGUACGCACGGAUCUAGUUCUGAAGGAUGUCUUCAAACAAGGAAAGACAUUAUUUGUGCCUCGCAUUAUCGGGCCUCACAUGGAUAUGUUACGUCUUCAGUCCUGGGAGGAUUACGAGAGCUUGCCUCGGACAAUAUGGAACAUUCGGCAGCCAGCUGACUCGGAUGUACGGGAAAAUUGCUUGGAAACUGGAGGGCUGGAUUUGAUAGUCAUGCCAGGACUGGGCUUCUCGAUGGAUGGUCGAAGGUUGGGGCGCGGAAAGGGAUACUAUGACAGCUAUCUGAACAGAUACAGAGAGCAGUUUGGCAACAUUCCCUCUCUUCUGGCACUGUCAUUCUCAGCACAGAUCAGCCAGGACGUGCCAGUCGACGAUCAUGAUGUUGCCAUGGACCAAGUCUUGGUGCCCACUUCUUAGGUUUUUCAAGCACUGCUCUUCGAGGUACUCAUGUGUUUUUUUCAUUUAUGCUGUUGCCCUUACUAUUACUUCUAUACUGUAGCUGCAGGACCUUCGACCACAAGUUAUCUUGCCUCACUCAGGACCCUCCAUAAUAACAAUGCAUGUGCAGUAAUUAUUAUUUGAAACGCUAAAAAAGUGUCUACAUAAACGUGCAUGCAGAUGCAGAACAAGGCUUCUCCCUGGAUGGAGCUGCCCUCUCUAAGUUCUUAUUCAUUUUAAAUGCACUGCCAGCAAUCCUACAACUAGUUAAAACUUGCUGUAAAACUAAAAGCUCACUUUGACCAACAAUCAUGAAUCUUCAUAGUAAUUCUCAUCAGCCACCAAACACAUGUUUGUUCUUUGCACGAACAUUUCCAUUUUGAAACGCCUCAUAUGUAAUCUACCACUUUUUGAGGUAUAAUUAUCACCCCAAAAUAUGCAAACAACAUACAAAUGAACGGA